AUGGCGAACAGCCUAGGUCUUGAGGCCAUAGGCUGGCAGGCUAUGACGGAGCAUUGGUGGAACUUGACUGCUGCCAUCGUUGUUCUAGUCUGCAUCAUCCUUGGUGCCUCGCACAUCAUCUUUCUCCUGUUCCGCAGAUUUCGCGAGUACCAAAAGAGACGGAGAGACGAGCAGGCCAAGGUUCCUCCAUCAGCCUUGGUGGACUUUCUGGCGAGCCUGCCGGAAGACAUUCGUAGCCUGCUCCCACAAGGUCGGCCGCUGUCGAAGCCUCCCACAUCAUUCGGCGCAUACUUUGGCAGCUUUGGAAAUCCACCAUGGGAAUUCCGCAACCCGAACCAGACCAAGUUGCUCUCUCAGUGGGACCUGGUUGUGCUGGACCCCUAUCAGCCUGGAGUUGUGGAGGCGGCCGCCGAGUCCACGUCCGCUCACGUAGUUGGCCGUCUGGAUGUCUCUGAGCUCGACUGUGUUCGAGGCACUUCAAAGCCAGCAGAUGCCGAGAAACUACUCUCGGAACUCAUUCGGCGAUUGACGACGGAUUUCAAACGGAGAUCGGAGCCGUCGUCACCCUUUUCUGGUGUGCUGUUGGCCAACUGGCAACUGCAGCUUCCGCCGGUCAGGCUCAAUCCCCUUCUCCGAAACCUGAAACGGCUCAAUGUGUCUGUGUAUCUCGAACUGGCCCCGCCCAAUUACCUCACAGAAGACGAAAGUCUUCAGAUUCAACUGGAACUCGUAGAUGGGCUGGUCUGCCACAACGUCACCAUCCUUCCCAACGGAGAACCGUGCAACUAUUUCCAAAUGACUGAGAUGCGAAGAGCUCAGCGGGCUUUUGCCAAGCACGCCUGGCUGGGCAAGUCCACGUUCAUGAUGCUGGAAACUUUGCACAAUGGCGUCGAGCUCUCCCAUUCCGUGCUCAAGCGGAGUUUCAACUGGUCUCGUUACAACUCCGCUCUGAGCUGGAUUGGUCCGCGCGCUGCUUUGACCGAUUCUGAUGUUGCAGUGGAGAAGACGUACUCCUCCGAGCCUUUGGGUGCUCUCAUGUGGUUGAAAACAAAUGAGGUCAUGGCAGUGCAUGAGGCGUGGAGGACCAAUCGACGUAUAUCCCAGCGCCCAUCUGAGUGUGCAGAGGCUUUCCAGAGCCUGGAGGGUGUCAUGCCAGGGCUGUCGAAACAUUUGCAACCAGAGCUGCUGCCUCAAAGCACGGUUUCUCGAGCCAAUAACCAUGCAAACAUCGCCGGCGACUUCGACUGGCCGUCGGAACACCCUCUGCGGCAGCGUGACGUGCUCUCGUCAUCGGCGGCUGGUGAAAGCUUUACAGGCUUGGGUUGUUUCCAGCUUGGUCUGCAAUGCACCAGCGCGGAUUUUGACGGCCUUGUCGAAGGCCAACGACGAUUGCGCGACCUCAACAUGCUCCAGCAAGUAGAGUACGAAGAACUUCAAAGCAUGGCACAGUCGCUGCGAGUCCUGUAUCGUUCUUGCUCCCAAACAGACCCGCUUAAGUCGGCCCUUGGAGAACUUUUGGACUUACUUGAAACUCAUGGCGAAGGCGAAGAGAAGCAUGCCCAAAUACGGGUAUACGUUGGUCUGCACUCUGGUUUUCACAAUGGUUCGGACAACCAAUUCUGGGGUCUGUUUGACGGUAACGACACCGGCCAGUACAAGGACAUCUUUCUUUCGGCAAAGACUCCCGAUCGAACCAGUACACUGCUUCACACUUUCCUUUCCAGCCGGGAAUUCUCUCGCCGUGCUUGCUUCCAAGCGGAGUGCGCCCUCGCGCUGCACACCGGCCUUCAAGCCGAAAAUGAGUGCUUGCCACAGAGGCUAGUACAAGAUGUUGAGAAGCUCACCCCAGCUGAGAGUCUCCUUCUUCUCCAACGUCUAAAGGGCCCUUUCCACUACAAUAGUGAUAGCCUCGAAGCACGUAUUGCAGCUAGUUGCGAGACUCAGCUCAUCGAUGUGCCUUCACUCGCUCAAUCAAGACACCUGAGCACAGAGGAAUAUCUUCACGGGAAUGUCUCCGCGGAGGAGGUUGUCAGAGCGCGGCUGGAAUGGCUGCGUGACCAAGGAGCAGCUGCAGUGCCCUCCGAUGAAGCUGCACUCUCCGUCUUUGGAGACUUCGACGCCAGGCUACCCAUCAUCCUGAUGAAGAACGAGGUGCACCACCUCGACCAAAUUGCGAAAGUGCUGCAGCAGGUCGUCCAGAAAGGCCAGAUCGAUGCCCGUGUCGAUAUUCUCGCCCUUUCAGUGUUCUCCGCCUUUCGAAAGCUUGCCGUUCACGAGAUAUAUCUCGAGAUUCUCGACCGUAACCCCCUCCCGAACUCGCACCCGGACCAAGCAGCUUGCUUCGCCGAAAUGUUCGCUCUGGGCGCUCAAUGCGAGGCCUAUCUCGACAUGACUCCCGAAGCUGUCGGUAGAGUUCUCGCCGCACGAUACUGGACCUACUACCGCGAGAACCAACCGCCACGACGGGAUGACCAAGCCACCGAGCUUCCGACCGCCUACGCUUCCAUGAACACCGACGAAGAUCCAAAUGCGGCGUCGGGAAAAGCGGCACUGCCAGUCCAUUACCGUCUUACAUUCCUCGGCAUCUUCGCUGUCCCGGCGCUUGUGGACAUUCUUCUGCUCACACUGGUCGGACGAGGGCUGUACUUGAGCACCUUCAUGGGAGAAGUCGAGAAGACUAUGGCGACUGCGGGUCUCAUGGUCGGCCUUCUCCUUGUGGGUGGAAUAGGUACAUGGGUGGGCCAUGGUGGAAGCUACUACCUGCACUGCAUGUCGUUUCCUGCGAUGAACAUGUUCGUCCUCACCCGACUAAUCGCCGGUCUGGCCAUAGGUCUCAUCGUUGGGGUUGGAGCGCUCAUCGUCCUCGGCUGCAUCAAAGGUUUCUACGCUGGCUUCAUCUUCUUCUUCUACUUUUUUGCGCUGUCGACAUAUCUGACGAUGCUGGCCACGCUCGCUGUCUAUCAAUUUCCGGACUUCGCUUUCCAAUCUGGACGAUCGGCUGUGGUGAAGUGUAUUCCACUUCUGCUCAUCUCACCUAUUGCCACCACCUUUGCCGGACACGACAUUAUCGUCUACCCCAUUGUUCUGUGCGGGUUCCUGGCUACCUUGAUCUAUGCUUCCCGCAGCGUCUUCGCACAAUGGCACUCAUGGUACAGCAAUGUGCCUAUUGUCAGUGACACUGAGCUCGUGCAUUGGUUCCAAGGCAAAUCUACUACCGGGAAGGAGAAGAUGCCCUCUGAUUUGGGACAGACGGAUUUGGCAUCCACGCCACUCCCCCGAACCGCCUUGAUGGCAGAAGUUACGAAGGAGCGCAGCCGCCGCCCGUGGACGAGAUCAACAACGGACGACUUCGUUCGGACCGUGGCUCGGGGACAUGAUGCCACUUUACUCCUCAUGGACUGGUACUGCAAGUAUUCCCGCACGAAGAUGCCGUACCCAUACAGCCCAACGUGGAACUUGCAAGUGAAGGCAGCUGUCGAUACUUUGAAAGAUAUGCAGAAGGGCUUGAAGCUGCACAACGCAUUCAUUCACUGGCGCGAAAGCGGACCGGAAGUGUGGUGCGGUGUUUUAUACUUCGUCGUCGCGCUCAUGGAUAAAUGGGUUGCUCUCCUCACCGGCGGUGCGCUUGUUGGUCUCUCCGCUGCCGAUAGCUCCAGGUACCGGCUUUCGGUUGGCUUUGGUCUGUCCUACUAUCUCAUUGCCGCCGUAUGCCUGGACGCUGUCGCGACUCCGCUCUGGCCUAUCGCAAACAAGAGAACGUCCACGAAAAUCGACUCGUUGGAAACCCUCCGAGAGGUCGCUGUCAUCGACAUCAAAGCGAGGCGCAAAGUCUAUUGGUCGAACUUUGGCAGCUUCUUUUUCAUGCACGUGUGGGGCAUUGCGCUUAUGACUGCCCUUCUUUGGACAUUCGAAGGCGAUGAGAAGGCGAUCAUUAUGUUCCUCGCCUAUGUCGGGGCAUACUCAGGGCUGCUAUGGUACCAGUACAACCGUGUUUAUACUGGCGCCUUGGCUAUCGACGAUCUUGUUACCGGUGCCAUCGUUGGUCUGGUGACAGGCUUGGUGCUUCGCAGCUGUACUGAGCUGGAGUUCAGCGGCGUCAUAGGACUAGCUGCUGCCACAUGGACCACCGCUCUGCUUUCCAUGUGGACCGCGAAGAUCAGGCUGCCGCGCUUCCGCCGAAGAAAUGGAGACCACCAUACCGAGAAAGAUGAAGACGCCACCUUCUACUACUCAGGCUCGUUGUGGGCCAGUCCUGAGCUUUCCCAGAGAACGCUCUCUAACAUCUUCAACAAAGCGCUCACAGUUCCCGAGGAGGAGCGGUUCGACGUCGUUCCUUCUGUUGCGCCUGGCGUCGAGGCUCUGCGCAUCCUUUCUACGUGCAACACGAUUCCAAAGUCGACUGCCUUUCAAGCAGCCUUCCCGCAAGCCGCACAGGUUGCAGAGACGGCAUCGCGGCUAUGGAAAGACGGAAAGGUUGUUGUCGAGCUUGUACCAGCAAGCCUGGUAUUUGACCAAGACCCUCUUCUUACCACCAUCAGCCGGAACCGCGGAUCCACCUUGCACGUUAUCGUCUUUGUUGGACAUGAAUCCAGCCACCCACAGAAAAGAAUGGUCGAUAUCGGCAAAAAUAGCCAAAUUAUUGCCGAGGCCGUCAUGCAGGCCACCAGUCAAGCCAAACUUGGCUUCUCUUACGAUCAAUCUGUGCUUGCCGAACUGAUUGUUACCCCAGAGGUCGCAGUCGGUGCUUCUGUUCCUUGGGGUCUGAGACAUCACCUGGAGUGGUCAUCAGCUGAAAGGGCCAGAGUCAUCAGGACCGGGGACCGAGCAUUCCUCUGCUAUCUUCUACUUGGCCUCGACGCUGAUCUUGAAUGGGACCUCCUCUCCAGGUCCACCAGAUCUUUCCUUCUGAAAAGAUGCUGCAGAGAGCGCUGUCCGGUGGACUCGAGCCAAUUGCAGUGGAUCCGCCAACAAAGCCGCACGCGUCCUGCUCUGAACCUGACAGGAGCCACAGCACAUUCAGAUGAGUCCCACGUCGAGCAACACAUAGCCCGGUGCAAUCUUGGAGCUCACCUCGCACUUCUGACUCAAGAGUGCGCCCGCGAUCUGCAAGCAGAUUUGGGGAGCCAAGGACUUGCAGACAUGUCGGACUACCAAAAGCUGCCCGGGGCCUCACAAUCCCGCCUUUGGGACAGUUCAAAACAACCACUGCACUUGAAACUUGCCCGGCCUCUCGUCCGAACGAUACAAGGCCUGCGAUUUGCUGUCAAGUUCUUUGUUGUGGCUUCCGUCGCCGAUCCAGAUCUUCAGAGAGAAAUCGACUACGCUUUGGAUGGGCAGAACGUCGUUUUCCGGGUAGUUGCCAAGAGCCUCUUGAUCAGUCUCUGGCAGAUCUGUCGGGCACUUCAGUGCUUCAUCAUCCCGUGGUAUCUCUUCUAUGGUCGGGCAAAGGUGCUAUCGCUGCACAAAGAGAUGCGAGGAACCGUUGUAAAGAUGGGCAAGAACCGGCUGACUAUGGAAGGCAUGCUCGGAUCGUUCACUGGGUUCUUCCAAACCCCAUCCGGAGCAUCGGUCUUCACUUCGCAGCGCAACGGACCGGUCGAAUUCAGUCUGUACUCUGGCCAACACGCCACGCAGCCGGAGAAUCAGACUAAGCUCAUAUCAGUCAACCAGUAUGGACCAGGGCUUCUCUUGCGCAAAAAGGAAGAGUACACGAAAGAAGCCAUCUCGAAUGUCUUUAAGUACGAGUAUCCCGAGCAAAUGGGAAGCCGAAUCCCCAUCCAAAGGCAUUGCGUGAAGGGUAACCGCGAAGGCGAAGUCGUCCAGUACGACGAGCGCGGCCAUAUCUCAUCCGGGUCCUACUUGAAAGAUGGCAAUCUGGUCAAGUUUCAUUUCUCAUACCGCAAAAACGCCAGGUUCGACGACGAGCUUCUCCGCGGACAUUUCGAGCUUGCGCACAUCAAGAUGGCCGUGUCGUGGUGCUUUCCUCCUCUUGAGCACGCUGAACGUCUCGAGACAUGGCUUCCGUACACGAAAGUCACCGAUGCUACGUUCGUUGAAGGCGAGAAGGCGUACCGGAGCCAGUGGACGUACGAUCAUCGCUCCCACCCAACCAUCGACACCACUUUGAAUGGCCAGGCUGUCGAUACGCCUCUCAUGAUCUUGCACGACUGGUUUGGCGUCCUGAAAAAGCCGACCGAGUGCAACUUUCUGAACGAGAAUCCGCUGUUCCUUUUCAGGUCUGCUGGAAGCAGCGUUGCGUCACGGGUCCUUCUCUCCAACAGAAAACGUUGGCCGGUCUCGACACCCAUGGCCCGCACACAUCUUUGGAGAUCUUGGAAGCAGGGCAAAGACCUCGACGGGGUCACCGUGCGAUGGCUAGACGAGGAGCAGUUGCGCUCCGAACAGGCCCUGCGACCGUACUGGCUUCGUCGCGACUUUGGCUUCUUGUCCUCCGGCAAGGAAUACUUGGAGCGCAACGCUGAUGCUGUCAUGGCGAGAUCUGACAUUGACCCCGACAUUAGUUCAUGGUGCUCACUGGCAUACAAAUACAGCGACUUGGUCAACUUUGGGCAGGGCGGUGAUUCGAAAAUCAACACACGCCGACAUGAGACCCAGAUUCGGGACGCGGACGAUGUUCUCCAUGUCUUGGCCCAUGAUACGGGAACUUGGCCCAACGAGGGUGGUGGUGUUUCGGCCUGCCGCCGCGAUCUGGUCAACAAUCUGCAGACCAUCCGCUGGCAUGUGGUCGCCGAGAACGCCAACGACUUCGGAAUUCCUAAAUUCCAGAUCGAGAAAAACGUUCAGUCGCUGUCCGUGCUGCCACUGUGGGGCAUGGACUUUCUGACACCAACCCACGGCGUCUUCCAGGAUUAUCGUGACUCUGCUGUACAGCAACGACUGCAGAAUGUCAGUGAUGCUGACAUCCGCACAAACUUCUUCCCAAUUCUGGCAAGUCUGGUCAAAUGCGCGAGGGCCAUCAAGUUCGACAGCUCUCACGUCGAAGAAGCGUCGCAAGCAUUGCUCGACCUGAACUCGUACUUCGCCACCGACCGUCACUGGAGCCGGGUGUGGACUAGCGACGCUGUCAAGCAGCGAUGGCGUGAGCUUUGGCUGAGUGAAGAUGUGACAAACGCUCGACCUCUGUCCCAAUGGCUGGAGGCUGAACAACCGACUUUGCUGCAUCUGGAUACCGCACUGGACAUGUGGCAUCGUUAUCUGUUCAUCUUUUCUCUCCCGGUUCCCGAGCGCAUCCCGGACGUCUUCCAGGCUUCCCACCAUUUUGCCGGCGCUUCGUACGGGGUCCUGUGCAAGCUGCGUCGGAAUUGCUCGCUCCACGUUUGGGACCACUGCAUCAGUUGGAGAGAAGUAACCGUCUUCCUCUCCUCGGCGAUGUCAUUCGAUUCGCCGUUUGUCUGCUCUUCGCUGAUGCAACUCUCUCAAAUGACAUCCGUCCUCAUCCUCCACUAUGCCGAUGUCGUUCUCCCCUGCGCGGACUUCUUCAACCCUGGAUGGGAGAUCGAGCAUGGCACACAGGAAGGCAAGCUGCAGCAUCGCCGAGCUUUCGCGCGCAAGAUCGACCCAGUUGUCAACGGCAUCUGCGACAUGGAGAAGUUCAAGCCGAUCGAGAAGAUCAAGACGACCAAGCCAACAGUCACCAUGCUGUCUCACGUCCGCUUCGUCAAGGACAUCAAGAACGCCAUCCUUGCUGCCGACAUCAUCGUCCACGAAUGGGGAUUCAAGGACUAUCAGCUGGACAUCUACGGCGAUAUGGAGAAGGCGCCGGCUUACUCUGUGGAGUGCAAGGAGAUUCUUGCAUCCAAGGGUCUCCGUGACCACGUUACUUUACGCGGCCUGGGGAGCCCUUCCAAAGUGCUUGAAGAGUCCUGGCUUUUCCUCAACUCGUCCAUCUCAGAAGGACUGCCACUGGCUAUGGGCGAGGCUGCUCUGACUGGCGUACCUGUCGUGUGUACGGACGUCGGCGCGUCCUUUCGAGUCGUUACGGAUCCUGUGACCUGGAAGAAGUUCAGUGCAGUCAUCGCACCAAACGAUGCCCAUUCUUUGGCCAAAGCCCAAGUCGAGGUUCUCGGCCUCCUGGGUGAGUGGAGCAAGUACGCCGGCGACGAUCCGGGUUUCCAGGUCCCAAAGCUUUCCCUCCAUCCCACGCCGGAUGAGGUGCAGGCCAUCACGGAUCGGAUGUACGAGAAAUCGGAAAAGCGCCGGCAGCUCGGUAUGAUGGGUCGCGCCAACGUCCUCAACAGCUUUUCGGAAGGUCGCUACCUUCGCGAGCAUGAACAAAUGCUCUGGAUCGGCAAGCAGCAGAGCCCACGUUACCUUUCGCGGACCCGACAGAUGGCUGCAAAGCCACUUGAACUAACUGCCGCCCACCUCGCCGCAAACAUUUCGCGGCCGUUGACUCCCCUGGAUCCUCCCAUGGGCACACCACUCUUGCGGUACUUGAGGCUCGAGAGCCCGAGUCCGAGAUACUCCGCUCCUGCGAGCACGGCGAGUACAAGUUGGAGCGGGUCUUGA